GUAUGGGUGUAGCCGGCCUAAUGGCUUAAAUAACAUAGCUAUAAUUACAAAAUACCGACAUUUAUACCUUGAUCAAUAUCGUUUUAAGGCAAAAACAAGAACAAUUAACAUGCCAAGAACAAAUUAACAUCGAUAAAUCCAGUAAAUAUAAUAUCUGAUACAUUGCCUAGGACAUGCGCCAAUGCGUACGCAUUAAAUGUCCUCCGGUGUUUAGAUCGCGACUGAUUAUUUUUAGAUUUUAGUGACACAAACGGGGCGUGUAUUGCAUGAAAUAAGGUGUGCUAUUUACGGGUAUAGUCAUACUUCAUACAUUGUGUAGGAGGCAGGCAAUACGUGUGCUUACAAUUGACCGGAGUGGAUUACCUGUUUUCGAUUUCGAAAGAUUAGUGAAUACUUAUAAAAAUACCUGUACAAGGAAAAUAACUCAACAAACAUCAAGAUGGCCAAGAACCCACUGAGCUGUGGGCAACAAUGUACCAGGGUUACGCUCAUCGCCUUGAACGUUCUGUUUCUGCUCUGCGGUAUCGCUCUAUUCGUGGUCGGUCUAGUAUUCCGAUUUGGAGGAAACGGUCUCAAGGAGGAGAUCAAGCCAGCCUUCGAGAACAUUGAGAUCAAUGGCUACGAGUUCUAUGACCUCGUCAACAGCCUCGCCAUCAUCUUCAUCGUCGCCGGCGCCGUCGUGAUCGUGUUUUCGUUCCUUGGAUUCGUCGGGGCAGCCUGUUAUGUCCGUGGCGCCCUUGUUGUGUACGCGGUGCUGAUAUGCCUCGCCCUUGCCCUGGAGCUCGCUGGAGUCAUUCUCUUCUUUGUCCUCAAAAACGAUUUUGAGAAGGCAUUGAAAAUUGGCAUGCAGGAAUCCAUACAGAGAGCGAACGAGGGAGACUCGGACUACCGGAAAGGAACAGAGUACCUCUUUGAAAGCUUCGAAUGUUGUCACGUGUCCCAAGAGCGUCAUAACUACACCGAGGGUAACUCUGCCCAGGAUGUCUGCAAUACCGCCAGCAACACAUAUCAAGUGGACUGCUAUGACGCUUUUACGGAUUGGCUGAAGAACUACCAGGGUGCCCUUGUUGGUGUUGGAAUUGCUGUUAUAAUCAUCGAACUGCUGUGUGUCAUACUGUCCUGCUGGCUGUGUAGAGUGAUCACCAAGCGUAGUUCGGAGCUCGUCUAGUCAAAUUCCUCGCGAUGUCUAGCAACGGUUACCAGGCAAUAGAUGUUCAUAGCAAUUGCGGCUUGCCCCAAAGUGCCUAGCCAAUAUACCCAGGGAAACUUACAGAUUAAUUCACCAAAGAACAAUAAAAUGUGACUAGCACAACAUUUCAUGAUAUUAACAAGAUGAUUAUUGAAAUAUUUGAAUGCUAAUUUUGACAUUUUCGUAAGGUCGAAAUUUGAAGGAAAAAUAUGUACAACUACAAGUCCGAAUUGGACAACAUGUUAUUUCUUCGGGCAUUUUAAUAGAUAAGAUCCUGCUUUUUGUAUAAAAUGUAUAUAAGUUUAUAUUGUUCAUUAUUUGUACAUAUAGUAAAUACUGUUUAUUGAACAUAACUGUACUAAUAAAAGCAAUGCUUGUU